CCAAUGACUGGUGGGAUAGACUCCAGCCUCCUGUGACCCUUAACUGGAAUAAACGGGUUUAGAAAAUGGAUUUAAGUCUGUAAACAUUUCAGCAGCCUCUUAUCAGCUUGUAAAGCCUCAGGCCAGUGACACCAAACUCGUUCCAGAAAGGAAUGUGUUUCAACCAAUCACAUUUUCACUGAAUGAUGACUCAAAGAGCAAAUGAUCACAUAUAUUAUGCACGUUAGCUGGUGUGUUUGUAAAAGAAACCCAAGGCAGGAGACUCUCCACAGACGAGGAUUUACAGAUGAACUGCACAAUGCUGCCAGAACAAAGGACAUGUGAAGAUGCAAAAGAAGUCCUCUCAGCCGUCCUCCACAGCACCACAGUUGCUGAUAAAAUGGCCUUCUAUGAUAAAUGGGCAGACACCUAUGAUCAGGAUGUAGGUGCUCUGGACUACCUCCCACCAAACGAAGCAACAAAGUGCAUCACCUCUCAUUUUGCAGGGGACCGUGGAUCAGCUGCCAUAUUGGAUUUGGCCUGUGGCACAGGAUUGAUGGCCAAGCAGUUGAAAGAAGGGUUUUUGAAUUUUGUGGGUAUUGACGGAAGCCCAGGGAUGUUGGAACAGGCCAAAGAGUCAGGAUUGUAUCAAGAACUCAAGCAAUGCAUUUUGGGAGAGCAGCCACUACCUGUCAAAAGAGAAUCCUUUGACGUGGUUGUGAUGUGCGGAGCUCUGUGCGUCGGUCACGUUCCUGUCCAUGUGGUCAGAGACCUGUUUGACCCCUGUAAAAAAGGUGGGUUCGUCUGCUUGACGUGCAGAAAAGACUCUGGCAAUGUGGAAUACAAAGCUGAACUUGAGCGUGAGCUGAAGCGACUGGAGAAUGAGGGGCUCUGCAGCUGUGUGACGAUCACUGAGGUGGACCGCUGGAUGAAAGCUGGCAAGCAGGGGCAGGACGGUUACCUAUCUGGUUCUGUGUACCUGUACAAGAAACUGUAGCAAAUCACACCACAGUGAAUAUGACAUUAUGUCAAACCAGCUGUACAUACAUCUCAUUUAUUGUAAGACAAAAUCAUCCUCUGAUCAUUUGAUAUAAAAUGUAAAAUUUGAACUAUAAUCUUCACGCAAAAUUAAAAUCUUUGGCACGGUUCAACAACUUUUCAUGCCCUUGGCAAAU